AUGAAAAAUGUUUCUCUUAUUUUUAGUGAAAAAUUCAAUAAACAUUUUUUAGAAAAGAAAAAAAGAGAAAAUAAUUUAAGUGAAGAAAAAAAAAGAAAAGAAAAUAUAUUCGAUGUUAAUAAUUUCAAGGUCAAUAUAAAAGAAGAAGUUAUUAAGGAUAUAAAUAUAAUUAUAGAAAAAAAAAAAAAAAUUCUUGUAAAUAAAACAGACAAUAAAGAAGAAAAUAAAAUAGAAAAUAAAAUAAAUGAUAAAAUAGAUGAUAAAAUAUAUGAUAAAAUAGAAAAUAAAAUAUAUGAUAAAAUAUAUGAUAAAAUUGAAAAUAAAUAUUCAAAAAACAAUUGUCAUAAUGGUUACGAUGAUAAAAAAGGAAUCAAAAAAAAAAAUAUUGAAGAAGGAAACAAAUCUAGUAAAAGUAAUAGUAUAAUUAACAAAAACGAAAAAAUCAAUGAUAAGAAAAAUUUACAUGAUAUAAUUAAUGAUCCAUUUAUAAAAAUGAAGAAAUUAAAAUUAAGAUUUAGUAACAAAUAUCUAAAUAAAAGUGAAGAUUUAUCUUAUAACAUUUUAAAAGAGUAUCAUAGUAUUAUAAAUAAUUGUAUCAAUAAGAUAAAAGAUGAAACAUUUAUAGAAGCAAACUUACUAAAAAAAGAUGUAGAAAAUUUACUAACUCUAAUAGAAAAUUAUAUUAACGAAUUUAUUAAAUCUAAGUGUAAUGGUAAUGAAAUAAAACCAUUAAAUGAAACUAAAAUAAAUGAUAAUUACAUAUUUAGUAUAAAAUAUUACGAAAAUAUAAUGCGUAAUACCAUAUAUGACUCUAUUUUAUUACAUGAUGAUAGUAUUAAUAUUAUAAAAAAUAGUAAAGAAAAUUUAGUUAAUGAAAUGAACAAAAAAGUAAUAGAAAAAAAAGAGAAAACUAAGGAAAAAUUGACAAUAAUCCAAAAUUUAUUUACAAAAUUAAAUGAAAGAAUAAAAACUUUCAUUAUUAAUUUUGAAAAAAAACAUGAAUUAUACAUUGAAAUUGUAAAUAAUAGAACACAAGAAUUAGAAAAAAAAUUAAAAGAAAAAAUAUUUUUCACUAAUAAUGAAAUAAAUGAUUUAAUUAAUAAUGAAAUAAAAAAUAAUAAAUCAUUUUUUUUAAAUUUCUUAAAUUAUUUUAAUGAUUACAUAAUGAAAAUAUACAAUUAUGUUUAUGCGAAAUAUUCUAAAUGUGAAUCGUUUUUCUUUGAUGUAUUUAAUGAGGAUAAAUGUCAAGAUAAUUUUUAUAUUUUUUCUGUUAUAAGUGAAAAUUAUUUAAAUAAUUUAUUAAAUGACAAAAUUUUAGAUUAUUUAUUGAAACAGCUCAAAAGUAACUAUGACUCUAUAUAUAAAAAAAGAAUAGAACUAAAAAAAGAAGAAUAUUUCUACAAUUUUUUUUGUUUAGAAAAUUAUUGUGAUUUUUAUAAUUACUUAAAUGUGUAUUACGAAGAAUACAGUAAAACAUUUAAUGAAAUAAAAAUAAAAAUAAUAUACUACAAAGACAUUAUUAUUCAUAUUUUUUUUGAUAUUCAAAACUUUUUAAAAAUAAUAAAUUUUCAUAUAGAGGAAAAAAGUAAUAAAAGUGAAAAUAAUAGUAAAAACAAGGCACAAAUAGAAAAUAAAAAAAAAAAAAAAGAAAAGAAAAAUAUUACUAAUGGAGAAAAUAUUACGUGUUUAUUUAAUUCAGAAGCAGAUAAUGAAAAAAAAAAAAAAAGUAUGAAUUUUAUUAAAAUGGAAAAUAUUAUAAACUGUAAUGAAAAUUUUUUUAAUGAAACAGCAUUAUUUGAUAAUGUAGAAUUAACAUUGGAUUAUAAUAAUAAUAUAAAUAAAAAUAGAAAUAUGAAAAUAGAAUUUACAAAAGAUAAUAAAAAUGUAAAUGUGCAAUAUGGAGAAAAUAUAAUCCAUCAUAAUAAAAAUACCUUUGAAAAAUGUAUAGAAAAUAUUUUAAACUACUAUAAUAUAAUAAAUCUAAGAGAUGAUUUUUUUUUUUUAUCUUUUUUUCAGUUUUUAGAAAUAUUGAAAAAUGAUACAUUUAUGCUUCAAUGUGAGAUUGAAAAAAAAAUUAAAAGUAAUAUUAGCUAUUGCGAAAAAGAAAGUUGUAGUUUAAAUGAAAAAUAUAAUUCUGUUUUUAGAAAAUAUAAUGAAAAUGUUAAAAAAUGUUUAAGAUGUAAGGAUUAUAAUGAAUUAAAUAAAUUACUAAUUCUUCAUGAUGAAAUAGUGAUAAAUUUAGAAGAUUUAAUAGAAAAUACAAAUGAAAAAAUAGAUAACAUAAAUAAUAAGUUCUUGAUAGAAUUAAAAGAAUACUCAUCAAAUUAUUUUUUUUCUAUAUUAAAAAAGUCAAAAAUAAUAAUAAGUGAUGAUAAUAGGAAAAUAAGUCAAAAUAAAAUAAAAAGGAAAGAUUAUAUUUGUAAUGAAAAAAGUAGUAAUAAAACAAUAAAAGGAAAAGAAAAUGUUAAUAUCAGAAAAAAUAGUAAAGUGACAAAAGAAAAAAACAUAAACAAAAUAGAAUAUGAAUAUAAAAAUUCCGAAGCAAAAAAUUAUAGAAACGUUUUAGAAAUUAAUGUAAAAAAUAUAAACGAAAAUAACAAAGAAAAUGAAAUGAACAUAAUUAAUAAAAUUGUUAAUACAAAAUAUAAAUAUAUUUAUAAUACAUCAAAUAUUAUUCUAUCAACAUAUGAUAAUUAUAAAUACAACAUAAAAAAUAUAUUAUAUAAAGACUAUGAUAGUAUUUUUUAUGAAAGUUAUUUAAAAAAAAGGAAAACAAAAAAAGGAGAUGAAAAAAACGCUUACACACAACAAAAAAAUAUUAUCAUAAGAGAUAUAAAAUAUAUUAAAGAAAAUAUUAUUCAAAAUAAAAAAGAAAAAAUAGAAAAUAUAAAUGAAAAACAAGAUAAUUAUGAAAUAGAUAAUAAUUAUAUAGAUGAUAUGAUAAUUACAUCUUUUAUUAGUCCACUAAAUUAUGAUAAUAUAUUAUUCAAUUUAAAUAAUAUUCAAAGCAGAUUUGAAAUAUUCAUAAAUAAUUAUUAUGAACAUUUUAAAAAUAAUUUAUUUGAGUUUCUCUUAAAAAUAAAAAUGAAUAUAGAAAACCAAGAAUAUACAAAAUAUUUUAAAAGAAUAGAACGUGAUAAAUAUAAGGAAGAGAUUAAAAAAAAUAAUCUGAAUUUACAUGAAAUUAGAAUAUCCUUAGAAAAAAAGUACUUAAAAAACAAAGAAAUGUAUAAUAAUUAUACAAAAAAACUAAAAGAAUUCAUAAAAGAAUAUAUAAGUGUUAUGAAAGAUGGUAGCUUAGAAAAAAAUUUUAAAAGUAAUAUAAAAAGAAUAGAUAAACUAUUUUUAGAAAAAAUUGAUAAUCAUGAAGCUACUGACAAAAAAUAUAUUUUAUUUUUUGAAAAAUUUAAAGAUAGUUAUAAUAUAGUUAAUGAAGAAUUACAAAAUAUGAUUAAUAAUUUAAGUAAGGAAAUAAAAAAAUUAGAAAAAUAUUUUGAAAUGAUUAUAAAAACAAAAGAACAAAAUGUUGAUAUAGAAGAAAUAAGAAAAGAAUUGCAAAAUUCAAACAUUUUCAUGCAAUCUAUAAUUAAAAAAAAAAAGGAAAUAGAUAAUAUAUAUAACGCAAAUACUUAUAUUUUUAAUAAUAAAAUGAAAAUAAAAUCAAAAAGUAAUAUAAUAGAAAUAAAAUCUAAGAACUCUUCUGAUAAAGAAAUGAUGAAAUAUUUAUCAUUUAAAGAAGAAAUAAAAAAUAGUAUAUUAAUAUUUUAUAUUUUAAUAUUUUAUAUUAAGACUCACAUUUUUAAUAGGAAUAAAGAAAAGGAAAAUGAGGAAAAAUUAAUAACAGAAAAUGAGAAUAAUGUCUCCCUUUCUGUAAUUCCUAAAAUAAAAGAAUCAAGAUUUAAAAGAAAUAAUUCUAAUCAUAGCAUUAGUAAUAAUGAGAAAAACUUAAAUAAUAAUGAAAUAAAUAUAGAAAGCAAAUUUAAACUUAUAGAAAAUUAUAUAUAUAAUAUAAGUAUAUUUCAAAAAAUAAAAAAAAUAUAUGAAUUGGAUAUAAAAAAUGAGAAUUCAUUUUUUAAUAAUUUUUUAAUCUUUUUGAAAAUUUCUGAAAAUAUUAAUAAUUUAAUUUUUUCAAAAAAAAACAUUUAUGAAUACAAAGAUAUCUUAAUAAAUUUUCAUAUUUAUGAUGAAAAUUAUAAUAGUAAAAUAGGAAAAGAAAAAAAUAUAACAUAUAUAAUAAAUUGUGAUAAUAAUAAUAAUAAUACUGCUAAUAAUAAUAAUAAUAAUAAUACUGCUAAUAAUAAUAAUAAUAAUAAUACUUCUAAUAAUACUGCUAAUAAUACCGCUAAUAAUACCGCUAAUAAUACCGCUAAUAAUACCGCUAAUAAUACCGCUAAUAAUAAUAAUAAUAAUAAUUACAAUGAUAUAAUUAACGAUAAGAAUGAAAAAUUGGGAGAUAGAGAAAACAUAAAAGAAACUUAUAUUUUCGAAAAUAAAAAUAAUGAAGAAAAAAUAAAUCAUCCAAAAAAUAUAAAAAAAAAAAAAAAUAUUAAUAACGAAAUUAAUGAAAAAAAAUUAAAAGUUAAUGAAUAUAAAUCAAUUGAAUCAAUGAAAGAUACAAAACAUUAUAUAAAAAAUACAAUUAUUAAAAAUUAUUGUAAUUUAAAAUUUUUUUUAUAUAUUUGUGUAUAUAUUAUUUACCUAAUUGGUAAAAUUAUAAAAAUUUAUGAUUAUAACAUAUUCUCAGAAGAAGAAAAAGAAGAAGAAAAAGAAGAAGAAAAAGAAAAAGAAAAAUACAAUCAUUUUCUAUUUAUUACAUAUGAUUUAUCUUAUUUAAUAUAUAAAAAUUCUAUUUUAAAAGAUAAUAAAUUAAAGAAUAAAAUAUAUUUAAAAGAUUUAAAAUUAGACAAAAAAUCAAAAUCUUCUUUUAUAUAUUUUCCUAAUGAUAAUAUAUAUAAAAUAGAAUUAAUAAAUUUAUUUAAUUUUGAAAAAAAAGUUAUUUCAGAUUUAUUUGAAACAUAUUUUUAUCAAGUAAAAAAUUUACCACCCAUUGAUGAAAAUAAUAAAAAUUUUAAGAAAUUACAAAAUGAAUACAAAAGUGAUAUAUCAAUAUUAGUUCUUUAUUUGAAAAUUUUAUCAAGGAAAUUAGCCUAUCUAAUAUUUAGUUAUGCUUAUAAAUCACAUGAAGAAUUAAUCAAUAAAAGAAUAAAUAAUAUGCAAAAAAAUUUUAAAUUAAAAUUUCAAGAAAUAAGUGAAAAAUUUAAAUUAACAAAUAAUGACAACAUUAUUAUUACAAAAAGAAAGAAAGAAUUAAAAAAACUGAUGGAAUUAUAUGUUUUGUGUGUAAAAAAUAUUUUAUCAAAUCAUUUAUAUUCUCUUUAUGAAAAUCUAUAUAAUAAUUUAAUUUACUUCGUUUGCUUACUAAAUUUAUUACCACCUAUCUGUUCUUCUCAAUCAAUUAACUUAAAAAAAACUAAUGAAUCUAAUAAAAAUGUUAAUAUAAAAAAUAAAGAAUUAGGAUGUUUUCUAAGAAUAAAAUACCUUGAUAAUUCUAAUGAAUAUGAUUUAAGUGAUCUUAUUAAAAAAAUUAGAAAAGUGUAUGACUUAAAUUAUGACGAUCAUAUAAAUGAAAAUGAAAUAAUAAAGAUUAAUAAUGUAAAUAAAGAAAUAUUUUAUAUGGCAUAUAUUGAAGAUAAUUCAUUCAUCGUUAAGAAAUUAGAGAAAAAAAUAGAGAAAUAUAUGUCAAAAUAUUACAAGCAUAUAACUAAAAAUCUGGAUGAAAAAAAAAAGGAAAUUAUAAAAAUAAUUUCAAACGAUAAAAAAUUACAUAGAAAAUAUUAUGAAUAA